CUGAAAAGGGGGUCCCCUUCUUCGCUUUUUCGGUGAUUUCCUUCUUCCUUCUGUCUUCUUUCGCUGGCGUUCCUCGAAAGUUUUGAGGGAGCUCCGCGUCCGUUUCGCCGCACACCCAGCCACCUGUGCUGCGCUCUUCUCUUCGGCCGUGCUGUCGCGAGGUCUCGAGGAGACCUUGCCGGGUGUACAUACACCGCAGAAACGCACCGAAAAGCUCGCAAACGGGAACGUGUGUGACUUUCGAGAGAAGUGACGAAAGAACUUUCGUUUUUUCGAGAGUUCCACAUCCUCUUUUUCUCCAGCGGUUUCUCCACCGUCGUGUCUUUGGGAUCUCCCCGACACUCAGCGUCCACUGUUUCGUCGUUUCACGUGCGUUUUGCUUGCUCCGGCCUCCCGUCUCCUCCCUUUGUCACUCAGCCUCUCUAGCCUUCUUCCGCUUCUCAACUCCCUCCACUCUGUCCACGCUCGUUCUCCUCCCGAUUUGCCGCCUUUGUAUUCUUCCCCUUCGCUCCUGUUUGCUCAAUCGUUCUCGCCUCUCUUCCAGCCUUUUGCUGCUGCGUCCCUGGUUCGUCGGCGCCAUGCCAACUGCGCCCAAGAACGCGGCCUCUCCUGCUGGUGAUGUGGCUACGACGAAAGACGCUGUUCCCUUCACCAGAGUCUCCUGUUCUCCUCUCGCCCCUUCUGUCGUGCGGCACCCUCGCAGUGAAGUGCAGCUCGAUCGAGGAGGCGCGCAGAACGCGAGCGAAGCUAUCCGAACAGAGAGCGACAAAGAGGCGACGCGACGCGCCACCUCGGGCCACAGUCCUUCCUCUGCCGCAAGCGAGCAAGAAGGGAACGCAAUGACAGGCGAAGAAGCAACGCGCCCUCUCGCGUUGGAGCCGCAGACUCCAGCUUCUGCAGAAACCACGGCGGAAGCCGAGGCGACCGACGCGAAGCAAACUGCGCCCUCCGUUCCAGUCCUUCCUCUUUCUGUCUCUGCGUCGCUCUUGCCGACCUUCUCUCUCUCCUCCCCAAAGAAUGGAGGACUCGAGCAGGCGCCGGUCCCGGGAAAGCGACCCGUGACCGACGAGGCAGUUUCGCCCUCUGCGUCGCGAAAGCGCCUGAGGAAACCUGAUGGAAAAGAGCUCCCCGAUGCAGCAAAGGCGACAGAGAACGCCGAGCAUAACGCACUCUGCGACGCGCAUGCGCAGAGCUCCCAGCCUGUAUGUACAGCGGACGCGCCGCGCUCGCCGAGUGGGCGACGCCUCCGAACGGUGCCUGAAGAAGGCGAGGACAACGAAGAAAGCGACGGAGAGAAGGAAGACGAAGAGGAAGGAGACCGAAACGACCCUGCUGUCAUUGCAGAAGAGUUCAACAACUGGAAAGUCAACACCAAAGUGCUCUACGACUUAGUCAUGAACUAUACCCUCGAGUGGCCGUCCCUCACAGUUCAGUGGCUGCCGGGGCUCACCACAAAAACGGGCGCUGCAUCAGUGUCUCAGAGGCUUCUCAUCGGGACCCACACGAGUAGCGGCGACGACAAUUCGCUCCUCGUUCUUCAGGUGUCUCUCCCUGCGAAGCCCAUUGAAGACGAGGCGGCGCGGACGUACGUCGAGAGACCGACAGACUACGACGGAUUCAGCUUCGGACUUCUUCCGUGCAAAUUUAAAACUGUCAAGAGUUUCCCCCACGAAGGAGAAGUGAAUGUCGCGCGCUUUAUGCCCCAGAAGGCGGACAUCGUCGCCACCAUGGGUCCGCAAGGCUUCGUGUCUAUUUACGAUCUGUCGAUGGAUUCGGCGCACUCAGAGGGGGCUGUGCUGAAGCUGCCUGGUCACACCACAGACGGCUUUGGCCUCGCGUGGAAUGCCAUGGUCCACGGUCGUCUCGCCUCCACGUCGAAUGCAGGCGCGAUUUGCCUGCACGACGUCCAGGCGGCGCCCGCUGCUUCUGCUGCCGACGCACCUCUUCGCACUUGGACUGUCUCAAAGGGAGCCGUUAACGAUUGCUGCUGGAUUCCCGGAGAAGCUGCUCUGCUCGCGAGUUGCGGGGACGACGGCAUUGUCAGUGUGUGGGACAUACGCGACGACAGUCCGAACUCCGCAGCCGUUCAAUUCAAGGCGUCGGAAGCGGACCUCCUCACCUGCUUGUGCGCAGACGAGCAGCAGCCAAACACGAUCGUCUGUGGAGACAAUCGCGGUCACUUGCGGGUGUUUGACCGCCGGCGCGGAGAAAAGCCUGUCCACAUGGUUGACGCGGCGCACGACGGCGAAGUGACGCGGGUCGCCUUCGCCGGCUGCGAAGCUGGACUUCUUUCCUCAGCCGGCAGAGACCGAUUCGUCUCUCUCUGGGACUUGAAAAAAGUCGGAGAGGAACAGUCGGAGGAAGACGCUGAAGACGGUCCUCCCGAGCUUCUGUUCUCCCACGGCGGCCAUGUGGCGGCAGUCAGCGACAUGGCGUGGAACCGCGAAGAUCUCGCGUCUCUUGACAAGGUAGUGGCGUCCGUCGGCGAGGACAAUCGGCUCCAAAUUUGGCAGCUGAAACGCUCGGUCUUUUUCUGCGCCGACGACGAAGACAAUGAAGACGACGACGUCGAAUAACGCACAACCGUUCAGGCACAUCUGUCCAGACGCAGAUCCUCAAACAUAAACAAUCCGUUGCAUGCAUGUAUAUUUAACUGCGUAUCUUAUAUUGAACUGCGUAUCUCUAUAUUCUCUGCAUACAAAUAAUCGUGCGCGUAGGCCGUAUCUAAAUGGGCGUUUCUGCAUACAUAUGUAUAUGUAUAUAUAGGUAUAAAUAUACAUUUGUAUAUUCCCGUGACUUUACUGUGGGGUUGCGCUUGUCACAUGCAGUUGUUUGACUUGAAGAUGAACAUUUUGGUGACUGAAGAAUGUCAAAUCCCUGGAGCCUUUUCCGCAUGCAGUCUGCUCAUGUUCCCCAAAGUGGGUGGGCGACGGUCGUUUUUCGUUCUCUCGACCCUCUGCUUUGUCCCUCCGGUCCUCAGGUGUCUGAACGCUCGCAUGCAAUUUCCCCAGAUCGAGAAAACAUGUGGGUGUACACUCGAGCUCCGGUGUGUUAGCGGCGCUGAUUGAAGCGGAUACUUUCUUCAGAAGAACUUGACAACGCAACGUGGACGAAGAGCUGUAAAGACAGACCCAACAGUUGCAAGCAAGCUGUACACACUCCACACAGUGCUGGAUCGCGGAUCAGCUGUACAGACACCCGGAGCCGGAGAGAGUCUGUCUUCACCCGCAACACAAAUCGAAGAACAAGCGAGUGGACUCCUAAACCUCUGGCAAACUGAGAUCGC